AUGUCCAAUGGCCGACUGGAUGGCAAGGUUGCCGUCGUCACAGGUGCUGCAGGUGGGUUUGGAAAAGGCAUCGCAGACAAGUUCUCCAGGGAAGGCGCCAAGGUCAUCAUCGCAGACAUCUCGGAACAGGCUGGCCAGGCAGCGGCUGCGGAGCUGGGAGCCGUCUUUGUCCAAGCCGAUGUCACCAAGAGAAACGACUGGGAGCGUCUGCUAAACGAAUCCCUAAAGGCGUUUGGGCAGCUCGACAUUAUUGUCAAUAAUGCAGGCGUUGGGUAUGAAAAUAAACCAACAGAGCAUGUCACCGAGUCAGAAUUCGACGCCGUGUUCAACGUCAAUGUCAAGGCACUUUACAUGUCGACAAGCGUUCUGCUACAAAGGUACUUUCUGAAGGAGAAUCGACCAGGGUGCUUCAUCCAAGUGGCCUCAACGGCUGGGAUACGGCCUCGACCCAGGUUAACCUGGUACAACGCCUCCAAGGGAGCCAUCAUCACGGCCACCAAGUCCCUGGCUGCAGAAUAUGGCCCGAAACAGAUCCGGUUCAAUGCUGUUUCUCCCGUCAUCGGCAGUACGGCAAUGACCCAUCUCUUCUUGGGCAAAGCUGAUACUGAGGAGAACCGCGCUGCGUUUGUAUCUACUGUUCCGCUUGGGCGCCCGUCGACACCUGCCGAUGUUGGCAAUGCGUGCUGCUACUUGGCCAGUGAAGAGGCAGCCUUCAUUACUGGUGUGAAUAUCGAGGUUGACGGCGGGCGAUGUGUGUGA